UCGGCCGUCCGAGAUCGGGUGGAGUGUGGGACAAUCUCGUCUUGUGUUCUCAGUUGCAAUUCCUUGAACCACUUGGCAUCGUUCCUGCUAUUCGCAAGUCCGGUUUUCGUGUCGCUUUGUUUUUAUUUUUUGUGAAUGUUGGCUAGCUUGACUUGACGGUUCCUCCCUCAACCAAGUUUACUUUGUUUAGCGAUUUUUUUCAAUCGGGUACCUAUUUUACCUAUAUUUAGUUUGUGUCGGGUACAUAGUUGUUUGAUAUCAAAAUAAUUUAUGAAUCCGCCUACUUCUAGUGAGUGCGGUGAUUGUUUGAAUUAUAAAUAAUUAAUUUUGUGAUAAUAUAAACUAGAUAAAUAUACUUCAUUCAAUAAUUCUUAUUUUGUGUAGUGACAGCGUGCGAUUUUAACGAAAAAAAUUCGCGUAUAAUGAAUGAAUUAUCUAGCCAAAUAAAGAUUGGAGAAGACACCCCUCUCGAACCAGUACAAAAUAACAAAAUUUUUGUGAAUACUGCAUUCAUAAAAAGUAAAACUAUUGACCGGACAGCAGGUUUAGGGAAAACCUCUGCAAUGGAUGUGGAAAUUAAUACAAAAAUUCCAGUGCACAUACAUUCAAAUAAAUUCAAAUGUGGCUUGAUAGUGGUAGUAACUGUAAGCACUCUGAGUGCCAUUAUCAGCAUUUCCUUGGCUUACUACCAUUGUGUUACUGUGAGUUUAUUACAAGAUCAAGUGAACUUUUUGAUGAUGAAGAUGGAGAAUGUCACAAAUGGGCAGAACUUAAACCCACCUAGUUUGGCAUCAAGCAGUGCAGAGGCUCAAAUAGCGAGUCCACAAAGCAUAUUUUACAAUAGAGAUUCGCUAAGUAUUAAUCUCAGUCCUCCUGUACAUCCUUCGGCAUCACCUAGUCUGGCAUACAAUAAGACCAUGCUGGAAAAUGGUUUAUUUGUGACUCACUUUAACGGUGCUUAUACAGAAUUGAACAUGGGAUUGGAUUCCAUCAUCGGUCCGUGGGUGCGCGACAACAAAGUGUCCUCUGCGAACAGCUACGACAAGAUCGAGCUGGAGAACAAACACGUGAUCAUAAAAGAGCAGGGGCUCUACAUGAUAUACGCGCAAGUAGUGUACCUAACCCACGAGCCAUGCUGCUACUACAUAUGGGCACACCAGCCCACAGCCUCCCCGAGACUCCUCGCCACUUGCGCCACGAGCAGCGACUCGAGCGAGAGGCCGCUCAGCCGCUCGCAGAUCUCCUGCGCAACGCAAACCGUGACGAGGCUGUACGAAGGUGACGUCAUCAAUCUAGCCCAAAGGGAACAUAAUAGGACCGUUUGGCUCAGACCGGGGUAUUCCUACUUUGGAUUCGUCAAGAUUGCUUCAUAGCGUGUAAAAUGAACUUAGUAAGUGAUUUAUAUGACUAAAUGUGUAACAUAUUUUAUAAGACAAAAGGUUAAUAGAUAUCGUAUUCAACACAAACUGUGACUAAACUAUGUAUAUGAAGGUGAAGUCGUCAAUCUGGCUCAAACAGAACAUAAAAGGCUCAAGCAUAGUAUUCCUAUUUCAUAUUCGUCAAAAUCGUCUAAUUUUUCAUUUGUCAAAAUUACAUUAAGAUACAUAGAUGACUUGUCCACAUUGACAUAAUUAAUUUGAUACUCUAAGCUUGUCCAACAUAAACUUUGUUUAAAAAUUUGUUCACUGUCACGCCGUUAUCUUGCAGUGCGCCUUGAAUCUUAUGUACAGUAAAAAAUGAGACAUACUUUUUGUUAUUUUGACGUCAAUUUUUUUUUGUUUAAUGGGUGCCUUAUUUUUUACAUAAUUAGAUUAGGUAAGUUUUGGGGGUUAUCCCGCCGAAAGUAAUAAAGAAAUUAUAGGUACAAUAUUUAAUUUCAAUAUGAAAUCGAUUCUAUGAAGCCUUAUUUGUAACGUAAUUUUAGAGUAGGUAAAUUAAAAGUUUGUAAGGUAAUUUCUGAGGGUGAAUCCCGCCGAAAGUGUUAGGAAAUAAAAGGUUCAACUUUGUCACCUACAACAACUGCUUAUUCGAUAUUCCAUACCAGAUUCAAUAAAAACUCUAUGAAGACUGAAUAUAAAAAUUGUGUUUUUAAGAAGCACAUUUGAAAGAUGAACACUAAGAACUAUAACAAAUUGUAUUACUCGUCAGUAUCAAAAGCGUCCUAAUUGGCUAAGGUAGCUUUUUCCUAAAAAAAAUUUUAUAAUAAGAACAGGCCCUAUAUAUUUUUGAUUUAAGAAAUUUUCUUGUCAAUGAGAAAAGGCGUAGCUUAGCGUAGUAGUUGUAUUUUGCGUUAUCUUUCUUAUUUAUUAUUAAUACCAUUAUUAUCUAAUUAAUUUUAUAGUAGUUAUAUUGUUAGAAACAACUUAAUAAAAAUGAAUUUCAUCAAAAGAGAUAAGUUAACUUAGCCAAUAAAGAUUUUUUAAAGACAGUAAUCAAUAUUUAAGCGAUAGUUAUCUAACUAAUUAAGAAUUGAAUGAUUGCUCAAAAGGC